GGCAGUGGAAAAUAUGCGUAUGAUAUCGAAGAUGGAACGACCUGGCAGCUCUCAAUGCCACGGAGACCAUGGGCCCACUGCUGUUUCUCUUUAUAGAAAGCCUAUGGAUCCAUUCUCUCCAGAGGAUUACCUGUCUUCUGUCACUGGACUCCAGCGAGAAUUUCGAGUCUUUCACCAUGCUCAUAUCAAGUGAUAUUGCUACUUUUACAGUGGCUGUUUAUGCUGGGCCCGCACGGCGCGGAAUUCCCCUUCGAAGGCGUACUUGGAUUGUGCUGCGUUGCCUGUGAAGGGGCCGAUUGACGAUAGAUUGGCGAUAGUAUGACGAGAUGUCGAGACCGUGGUCCCAGAAACUUACCAAACUUAUUAUUGGCAUUUGGUAAUGUUAGAUGCCAUU